CUCACAGGAGACACUGGGAGUAGUAGAUUUUUAAGUGAAUGAAAGAAUUCCUCUCUCUCUCUUAGUAGCAGAAGUUAAACUAUUUAACAUUUGAGUGCUUUCCUCAUUGAAACAUUGUAUUAGUACAAAUAUAAUUGUUUCCAUUUUAUAGAUGAGAAAAAGGAGCUUCAGAGAAGUUGAGUAACUUCCUUACAGGCAUACAACAUGUAAUAGAAGCAGUAUUCAAAUCAGGAGCCUUCUUCCUCCAAGUUCUGAGUUCUUUCCAUUAUGCUAACUUCACUUUCUAAGACAUAAGAUUAUAUCAUUUGUACUGGUACACCUUUCAGUAACACAAAAAUCAUUUAUGCUUGGCUUUGAGACAGUAUAGAAUCCCAUAGUACUUACAUUGCUCUAAGCCCUAAUGGCUCUCACCAGUUGGUCAGUUGAAGGAAGGAGGCUUCAAAUAACCUACAAUUUCUGUUAUCAUACAUAUAUAUCAUAGAUAUACAUACAUAUCAUAGAUAUAUCCAAUUUUGUGGGAUUUUUUUUGUUGUUGUUAUUGUUCAGUAGUUUAGUUGUGUCUGACUUUUGUUGACUCCAUGAACCACAGCAUGCCAGGCUCUUUUAUCCUUCAGUAUCUCUUGAAGUCUUGUCCCAGUUUUUGAUUGUUGUUUCCAUAGUACAUUCUAUUCAUCUCAUCCUCUACUGUUCCCUUCUCCUUUUGCCUUGUCUUUCAAAGUUGAUUAUAAAUACAACCCUUACAUUCAUGUAUUUUCUCUCUCUCUCUCUCUUUCUCUCUCUCUCAUAGCAUUCAUACCCCACACUCAUGCUUAUACACAGUUGAGAUGACCUGUUUUGGUGUGUGGAUGACUUUGCUUUUAGAAUGAAGAGAAUUUUAUUUUGUUUCUUUGACUUCCUGAGUGUUCCUUGUCCACUUGCAAGUUUGUUUUAGCACAUGGUGAGUAAUAUAUGUCAUUAACAUUGUUAUACUAUGAUGCCAAAUGAAGUAUUUCAUUUUAUUCUUUCUUUUUCCCUUAGUCCUCUCUGUUUUGGUUGUGUGCUUGUGUGUGGACUCUGACCAGAUAGACUGGCUUAUUGCUGCUUAUCCAGAUCAAGGUGGAUGGCUCAGUCUCUUCCCUGGUAUUCUGUAUUCAGGUAGAAGCCUGAGUUUUGAUCUAUGUUCCACCUUCAUCCAGCUGCCUGAGAGGAUUUUAUGAUCACAUGACCCUGGAUAUGGACGCUGUCUUGUCAGAUUUUGUCCGUUCCACGGGAGCUGAACCAGGAUUGGCCCGUGAUCUUUUGGAAGGAAAAAAUUGGGAUGUAAGUGCAGCCCUCAAUGAUUUUGAACAGCUUCGUCAGGUCCAUGCUGGGAACCUGCCCCCACCCUUCAGUGAGGGUCGUGGUGGCCCCAGACCCCCUGAGAAGGGACCUCCUGAAAGGGAGCCCACUCGUCCCCCCCGGCCCACUCUUCAUCGUCAGGAUGACAUUAUCCAAGAGAAACGCUUGUCCCGGGGCAUCUCUCAUGCCAGCUCCAGCAUCGUUUCCCUAGCCCGUUCCCAUGUCUCCUCUAGUGGUGGGAGUGGGGGGAGCAGUGAACACCCUCUGGAGAUGCCCAUUUGUGCCUUCCAGCUUCCAGACCUCACUGUAUUCACUGAAGACUUCCGCAACUUCAUCGAGAGGGAUCUUAUUGAACAGUCCAUGUUGGUUGCCUUGGAACAAGCAGGGCGCCUAAACUGGUGGGUAAGUGUGGACCCUACCUGCCAAAGACUUCUGCCUCUAGCAACAACAGGAGAUGGAAACUGCCUCCUACAUGCAGCUUCUCUUGGGAUGUGGGGUUUCCAUGAUCGAGACCUAAUGCUACGUAAGGCACUUUAUUCACUGAUGGAGAAGGGAGUAGAGAAGGAGGCACUAAGACGGCGUUGGAGGUGGCAACAAACACAACAGAAUAAGGAGUCUGGGCUUGUGUAUACAGAGGAGGAAUGGCAGAAGGAAUGGAAGGAGCUCAUCAAGCUUGCUUCUAGUGAACCCCGAAUGCACCUAGGGACCAGUGGAGCCGGCUGUGGAGGUGUGGAAAGUUCAGAAGAACCUGUGUAUGAGAGCCUGGAAGAGUUCCAUGUCUUUGUUCUUGCACAUGUGCUUAAGAGGCCGAUUGUUGUUGUGGCAGACACCAUGCUUAGAGACUCUGGUGGAGAAGCAUUUGCCCCAAUCCCCUUUGGGGGUAUCUAUCUGCCCUUGGAAGUCCCAGCCAGCCGGUGUCACCGAUCGCCCCUCGUAUUGGCCUAUGAUCAAGCUCAUUUCUCUGCCCUGGUGUCGAUGGAGCAGAAAGAGAACUCCAAGGAGCAAGCAGUGAUCCCACUCACAGACUCUGAGCACAAGCUGCUACCUUUACACUUUGCAGUGGAUCCUGGAAAGACCUGGGAGUGGGGCAAGGAUGAGAGUGACAAUGUCAGACUUGCCAGUGUGACUCUGUCCCUGGAGGCAAAAUUACACCUGCUACAUAGCUACAUGAAUGUGAAAUGGAUCUCUUUACCUUCUGAUACACAGGCUCCGUUGGCCCAACCAGAGUCUCCCACAGCCUCAGCCGGGGAUGAACCCCGCUCUACCCCAGAGUCAGGGGAAUCUGACAAGGAGUCAGUUGGCAGCAACUCCACCAGCAAUGGAGGAAGUGGUCGAAAAGAGAAGCCAAAGCGAGAUCGAGAGAAGGAUAAGAAGAGAGCAGAUUCAGUCGCUAAUAAGUUGGGCAGCUUUGGCAAGACUUUGGGCAGUAAACUCAAGAAGAACAUGGGGGGCCUGAUGCAUGGCAAGGGGGCCAAGCCUGUUGGAGUUGGAGCAGGAUCCGGGAUGCCACCCAGUGCCAGUGAGAUACUGGACAAGAAAAAGAAAGGAUCGAUCAAGGGCUGGAAAGGCAGCAAAGAGGACACAUCUGGGGAUAUCGUCGUGUCUGAAAAGCCCACGCCAGAGUCUCCAGGAGAUGGAGGGAGCAAGUAUAGCCAGGAGGUGAGGCUGAGCUUGAGCAUUAUGAGAAUUGCAAUGCAAGGGGAACGUAAGUUUAUUUUUGCUGGAAACCUGAAGAUGAGUCACCGACACCAGUAUCAGGAAGAGAUGAUCCAGCGCUACCUGGCAGAUGCUGAGGAGAGAUUCCAGGCAGAGCAGAAACAGAAAGAAGCAGAAAGAAAAAUGAAUGGAGGGAGUGGAAGUGGCCCCCCCCCAGCAAAGAAACCAGAGCCCGAUGGGGGAGAAGAACUCCUGAGCCCCUCCCCACCAGACUCCAAAGCUGCCCUCUCUACCAGCCACCCUGGGGGUUUCACUAUACCCAGGCCAACUGGGGGUGGUCCCCACUGCCAGGACCUUGGAAGGCAGGUGGCAGGGGGUCCCUGUGGAGGACUCCCUUCUUAUGCCACCUUCCCUAGACAGUGCUCCUCAGGGCGGCCCCAUCCCCAUCAGGACCCAGUUCCUUUGGAGAGAGACAGUCAUUCUGUGGAUGGAAACCAAGGGGGUUCAUUGUUACCUUCCCCCUAUCGUGUGGCAGACAACUACAGUAAUGGCUACAGGGAGCCCCCAGAGCCAGAUGGUGCUGGUGAAUGGGGUGGAGGGACAGUGGAAGACUUGGGGCUUCCCUUGACCCAGACCAAGUGCAAACAACCAAACUGCAGCUUCUAUGGACACCCCGAGACCAGCAACUUUUGUUCCUAUUGCUACCGAGAGGAACUGAGGCGGAGGGAGCAGGAAAGGGGUGGAGAGCUGUUGGUACACAGAUUCUGAAUGGGGGUGGAAGCUGGGAGGGUAAGGGGGCAAAACAAAGAGAGGUAAGCGCAACUCCUUGGCUCAUCGUGACCCAGCCUGCUGUGGGUGGGGCUAAUGCAAUAACUUCUGUGGGACCCAACCCAGGCUUCAGGGUGUUGGGGGGAUGGUAGCCCUGACUGCUAGGAGCUGACCUGAACCAGGUUGGGGGACUUGAGGAAGGUAUCUCCCAAUAGAAGUAAGACCCAUGGAACUGGGUUGUCAGGGUAAGAGAAGCAAAUGGGACAUUGUUGUGGUUCCACUGAAUAACCCAUCUUGGAGAGUGUUAAGGGACAGUUGGCUAAUGGGACACCAUGAGGCUAGUAGAGAAAUAGGCUUGAGGUUGGAGGAAUAAAAGACCAAAAUUCUUUGUAGGUUGGAAAAGUAUGUGACGGAGGGGAGGUUAAAAUAAACUUAACUAUGGUUAGGAUUCAGGUAGAAAGUAGGGUGGGAUUCUCCCUGGAAGAAUGGCUGGGAUGGGGUAGGAGAAGAGGGCAGUGUUUAGUUUUAAUCACGAAGUUUAUUAUUUCCUAGUGAUGGAAGGAAAUAAUCUUCCUACAGUUCUGUUUCCUCCUUUAAAAAAACAUUUUAAGAAGUCUGUGUCAUUUAUUCUAGUUUGGGGGGAGGAUUGUUGUUUGUUCUUUCCUACCCUUUUCAAAGUCACAGUUCAGUUGGGUUGAGGUAGCUGCCAGUUGAUGAGUUAUGGUUUAAUUUUAAUUUUAAUUACCUUAGCUUUAAAGCCUUUUAUGGAGGGAUAUAGAGGCAGAAGAGCAACUUCUGAGUGUUUUGGGGCUUUUUUUUUCUUGAUGGAUUUUGCAGAGAGCUUGUAGAGAUCAUGAUUUUUGGCCACAUCAGUAACUAAACAUGAGGGUUUGGGUGAAAUAUAGCCUUGGCUUGAAGGGUGGGAGAUAACUGGCAAGACUGUUGAACAAAAACAAACCCUAAAAAAUCCCUAAAUCUGCUGUUCCCAACCUAUAUUGCUUUAAAGUAGAAUGAAAAAUUAUUUUAUGGACUAAUUUGUUUGAAAAAAGAAGAAAAACCACACAAAAAAAUUUUCUUUUUUCUAUUGUG